AUGCACGCAACGACCGAUGUCCUUCUGUUCAGCGUCCGCUAUGAGGAAGUACCGAUGUAUACAGUUCAACACGAUCAUCAUCCACAGUGCACGCGCAGUCGCAUCUCUGAUGGGAUCGGCAUGCCUGGAAUUUAUCGCUCAUCAAGUUCAUCGGUCCCUAACACGGAUGAAUUGAUGUUUGGCCUCACCAGACAACCCAUCUUCGAAUCGCUGCCACCAAUACCUUGCCUAUUUUACGGUUUCGCUCACGGAGACAGCGGUGGCUUCCACGUCGACGAAAGCAGCCGCUACGAAAUCGAUUCUGACACAUCAAUAACAUGGAGAGCGAAUUCCUACUUUCCAUACGGCCAACGAAUGAUCAGCGGAUCUCGGGACAAGGCCACUCGGCAAUGGGCUCUGAAAGCGGGCAAGGAGAUUAAGGAAGGGCGGGGUGUUUUUGAGGAGAAGGUGUUGACAGUGGCGGUGGAGCGGUGCAUCCGCGACAAUGCCUGCGCGUAG